AUGGCCUCCCCCGUCUUGCCCAAACCGCUCUACGUACUCACGUUGACCACCCUUGUCUUCUCGAUCGCCCUCUUCGUGCUGUCCAUGCUCGAUCUCGGGACCGUCUCCUUCUGGCUCAAUGUCGCAGGCAGCCUCAUCGUCAUCCUCCAAAACGCCACCGUCAUCCAUCUCGCACGCCGUUCGCGCGCCAGCAGCCCCGAGUUCUUCCCCCCCGCCGCAUCCCUCGCCAACAUCCUGUUCCUCGGCAUCUGCGCCUUUGUCCUCCUCGCGGGCACCGCGAUGACGAUCUUCACGGCAGUGUUUGCUGCGAAUGGGGAGAUCAGUUGGGGCACGCCGACCGGGCUGGGGACAAUCAUCGCGCAGGCUGUCAUCGCCCCUGUGGAUGCCAUUCUGGUCUUGAUCACCGCAGCGUGGUGCGUCAGGUCGAGGACAGUCGGGGCGGCGGCAGGUUACGGGCGAUUCUAA